GGACAUUGUGUUAUAACUUACGUGAAAAGCGCAAGGAACAUUGAAAUAAAAAACCAUCAGGAAAUGUGGGCCUUUGUGCUCAUUUUUGCGUUCUCAGUCGGAGCGUCAGACACCUCCAACAGCACCGCAGAGGUCAUAGCUCGAGGGAAACUGAUGGCUCCCAGUGUGGUUGGAUGAGCCAUAAAGAAACUGCCUGAGCUCAACCGUUUCCUCAUGGAGCGAUGGGCUUUAUAUCACAACUUAGAAUACGAUUCAUCAGAGGAGAAGAAUCCCCGUCUGAUACUCUACAAUGAAAAAGAUGAGGUUGUGAAGACUGUCCCUGUGAAGGAAAUGACGGCGGACGAGAUCAGCAACCUUCUGGACUCUCUUGGUUUCUACAAGAGGUCGAAGAAAGGGGAGGAGGUGCCAGAGGAGUUUCAGCACUUCCCUCUGCGGACCCCCAGGGACGAGCUUUGAUGAGAGCGAGCGGCUGGACUCGGCGGCUGCUACCUGAUCGCAUAAAUGACGGGUGGGGCUCCAAGGCCGAAGAAAAACGCCAGGCACCAUUUUGAAGACUCGCCGGUUAGGUGCAGCGUGCAGAGUUUUUGUCACUCAUAGCUCUCAUUGUUUUGUUUUUCACAAUAAAAGUCCCAAAAUG